CACAUUUUCACGUUUGUGGACUUCACUUGUUUCCGCCAUCCAAUGAACCGACUCUUGCUGCAAGCUUUGUCAUGCAUUUGCUUUGCUGCACCACUGGGUGUGCUACUGCUGCUGGAAGGCCCUCAGAUCCUCAACAGCCUUCCCACGCUCUUCGUCGCCCUGUGCUGCGGCGUCGGCCUCGCCGCGGGCAUCGCCUCCGCCUCCGCGGGGAGCUCCACGGCGGAAGAGCAGCGUGAGACACUGGUGCCGCAGCAGCUGCAGUGCCGCUUCAAGCAGGACCUGGGCCUGAACUACAAUGAGGACGCCUUGGUUCGCGACCAUGUGACAGAGUUCAAAUACUUGGGUCUUUUGCUCUUCCUUUUUCGUUUGACCGUGAACAUCAAGGCCCUGUACCUGAACGUGGUGGCAGUUUGCACAGUGGAGCUUCCAGAGACCGUGGGCAGCGUUGCGCGGGUGUUGGAGGCGGGAAUCUUCUUAGAACACUUGUGCAAACUACCUAUUGAGCUCCUCAGUGUGUUGUUGGCUGGAUCACCAUGCCCCUGCAUCAGCACAGUGAAGACUUUAGCUGGCUUCUCUUCCAUGAGGUUCUUGAGGUUUCUGAACAAGCGUGAGAUUUUGGGUGCCUUGCGAAAGGUGUUGGGCGAUCGGAGCCUCUUGCAAGGCUGUUCCCUUCUUAUCCUUGGGGUGCUCUACAGCCUUUUGCUGGCUGCCUUUGGUUUGGCAGUGCUUUUGAGCAAGCUACAACGCUUGGAUUUUCAACAGAUCGAAGCGCUGGGCGUGGCGGGGCUGAUUGGUGAAGCGGCAUCGGCGGAGAGCUUUCGAGCUUUUAUGACCUCAAAUCUCAUGCAGCUGAUAGGCUUUGUGAACCAGGUGGCUUCAGCCAUGAACAUCCAACAGGAGGAGCUCCACUCACUUCUGGUCUUUCUCCUGGGCAGCGACCUUAAAGCCCAGCUCUUCCUCGACCAGGUGAUGCGGAAUUUCAUGAAGUUGCCCAAAUGGCGAUGGCGCUUGGUGACAAGCAUGACCUUCGAUGCAGGUGGGCUGCAGAGAAUGGUGCGUGAGCGGCAGCAGUUGCCGUGAGCAUGUCGGCUCAAGAAGGACGUGUCCACAUUUGCUUCGUGCUUGGGCAAGGAAUGUGCUCAAGACAGGAUCAUCCUAAAUUAAAUCAAGCUCAUAUAGAAAGGAUAUCUGUGUUGCUUUAGUUUGCGCAUGUUUGGCCCAUCCCAUUUAACACUGGGCAUGCUGACAUGUUGAAGACCCAC